GCCGCGGCGCAUGCGUGGUAAAGUUUGAACUGUGGCCGUGUUGACAGCGGCUGUUUUUGUUUCUUCUGUCGACCGACGAAGGUGUUCGGUCUGUAUGUGUUUAACUGGUUCUUAUCGGAGACUUAACCGAAGCGCACACAAACACAAACACAGACACAGCAGCAGCAGCACGUCGUGUCGAUGGGUGCCGUGGAGAGCACGGAAGGGGAACGGGAGCCUCUGAUCGCCCCGAGGCCGCCGGAGGAGCAGGGCGCUCAGCCCGUAAACACCAGCAGGGUGUACGGCAGAAGAUGGGUGGUUCUUACUCUGUUCUCAGUGCUGGGAUUUUUGCAAGGGAUGGUCUGGAACACCUGGGGUCCGAUACAGAACUCUGCCAAACAUGCCUUCGGCUUCUCGUCGAAAGAAAUCGCUGUGUUAGUGCUCUGGGGACCCGUGGGCUACAUCCCCUGGCUCCUGUUUAUGUGGCUCAUGGAUAAGAAAGGGCUGCGGGUGUCUCUGCUACUCACAGCCUUCCUCAUGGUGCUGGGCUCUGUCCUGCGGAGCGUUCCCCUCUCUGACCUACAACUGAGACGAUGGUUAAUUCACGGAGGUCAGCUUCUUAACGGUUUAGCCGGUCCAACACUGAUGAGUGCCGGACCUCUCCUCUCUACUACUUGGUUCGCUCCAGACCAGAGGGCCACAGCCACAGCUGUCGCAUCUUUGGUUGGCUACCUGGGGGCAGCCUGUUCCUUCUUGAUUGGCCCUCUGGCUGUGCCAGCACCCAAUGAUACACAAAUAGUGAACACCAUCACUCACUGGGAUCCAGGCCACAUCAGGGACAGAAUACAGCUGGUUCUUUAUACAGAGUUGGGGGUGAUUGCGGUCUUCUUUGUAGCCGUGCUGCUCUACUUCCCCUCCAGGCCACCCAGGCCACCCAGCGUGGCAGCAGCUAGCCAACGUCUCAGCUACAGGAGCAGCAUCUGCAGACUACUGAGUAAUAUGAGGUUCCUGAUGAUAGCGCUUGCCUAUUCAGUACCCACAGGAGUAGUAGCUGGAUGGUCUGGUGUACUGGACAUGAUCCUGACUCCAGUCAGAGUCAGCCAGGUUGAUGCUGGAUGGAUAGGAUUUUGGUCUAUACUUGGAGGCUGUGUGUUUGGAGUAGCCAUGGCAAGGUUUGCUGACUCCAUCCGGGGAAUGCUGAAGCUGAUUCUGGUGCUGAUGCUAGCUGGAGCCUCCCUGGCGGCCACCUGGUUCACUCUCACCUGCUUGACCAGACUCACUCACCUCCCCUCCACUAAAGCCACACUUUAUACCUCCUGCAUCCUGGUGGGCAUCUUCAUCAACAGCAGCGUUCCCAUCUUCUUCGAGCUUUUCAUCGAGACAGUUUACCCCGUGCCAGAGGGUAUCACCUGUGGAGUGGUCACCUUCCUCAGCAAUCUCUUCACAGGCCUGCUACUCUUCUUCCUCACCUUCUACUUCACAGAACUCUCCUGGUUGAACUGGUGUCUGACAGGCUCCUGCCUCUUCAGCCUGCUUCUCAUCCUCUUCUUCAGGGAAUCCUAUGACCGCCUCUAUCUGGACGUCUUUGUGUCAGUCUGAGCACGCUGCUCCUUUUUGUACCAGGAAAAAAACGGAGCUCUGCAGGCACCAUCUUGCACAAAGAAGACAAACUAAGAAGAUGGGAAGUGCAGCAUUGGUUUCUCUGUUUCACUGAACUUUCUUUCUACGUUACAUGUUUUCUAAACCUUGUAGUUGUUAAAAGGUACUUGACAGUGAUGACAUUGUGAUAGCAUUUUAUCAACAACAGAAACCAAGACCCAAGUUAAAAUGGUAGUGUUGUAGAUAUCUUCCGUUUGUACUGGAUAUUAUGGUCUUUGGAUGCAUCUCUUUUUGAUAUAUAGGGUUUUUUAAUCUUUUAAGUGAAGUAGUAGUGAUGUUUAUGAAGAGUCGCAAUGUGAAAGACUCUUGUUGGGUGUAUAAAGAUGCCCCCUGUGGAGCACCCCGCGAUGGGUCUCUUCUGCGUGUAUUUAAAGGUUGGGGAUAAUUGUAGGCUUGCUCUAUCAGCUGUCUAGGACAAGCUGCGCUAACAAGGGACCUCUUAGUCUUUUACUGUUGCUCAUAACCGGGAAUGGCGAAUAGUGGGUGGGGCUUAGUGCUUAGAAUGACAACUGACAGUGCCCGUGAUUAAGUGGGAUAUGGAUUCCUCCUUUUUUGGGAUUUUUUUUUUUUCCUCUUUAUCACUUAUUAUUAUGCAAGCAAUGAUUUUAGCCUUACCAUUUUCAUCAUCAUCUCUCUGUGGGGUUGAGAUUGCUCUUCACUUUUGAAGACCGAAAGCGCACAAAAGACCUGUUCAAAGAAUCCUUUACUGAGCUCAGUUGCAUUGAUGCAUCUUUUUUGGUUUUGUUUGGUUCAUGGGACUCCUGUCCCUAAACAUAUUCAUAUGUAUGGACUGAGGAAGUGAUUCGAGGUUGUGCCAGUUUUCACUUGACUGGACAGCUUAGUUUUACAGUUGCUGCAUGCGGAUUAUACGUGUCAGUCAUACGGACAUUUCAAGAGUUAUCACAGUUUAGCAUCAAGUUAUAACAGUAGCAUCAAGCAUGUUUUAAAGGGUUUUAGAUGUAAUUUAUGCAGUGUUUUUUAUUUAUUUAUUUGAGGGAUCAAACACUAACAGAUUUUAAGAGACUGUUAAUGGACUAUGUAUCUGGUUAAAUACUGUUCUGCAGCAUUUGGGAAGGCCAUUUGAAAUUCGGCAUCAGUAACUGCUGUAGAUAUAAGACUGUCUGUACACCAGCAGAUGUUUUUGGUUGAAGGGAUGGUUGUCCAAAGAAUGCUAACGUGGCCAACAGUGAAUAAUACUUGGACGCCUUGGCAUAG